UCCGCGUGACCUGGCGGGUGUUGGAAUGCAAAGGGCUGGAACGUCCCGGGGUGCGGAGCUCAUUGGGUUGGGAUGAACUCGUUCAGACUUGAGUGCUAGGACGCCGAAGGGGGCGUGAGGCGUCCCGGCGCGGGACUGGGGUUGUCUGCAGUUUAAAAGUCAUGUGGCUCUCGGAGAUGUGCGGACUGCAUGCCCGGGCUUCACCGCUAAGGGAGCUCUGGGCUGUGCGAUGGGGGAUGGGAGGAGAGUGUCGGGGCUACUGGCCCCCAGCUCGGGAGAGGGCAGUGUGGGGCCGCGCGACUGCAAGGAGUGGGUGUGGUGUGAGGCUGGCGCAGGAGCGGGCUGGGAAUGUUAGGAGGUCUGGGGUAUCGCGGCCCUGCGUCCUCUUGGCUGGACCAAAAGUCUGUGCAGUUCUCUCCGGACCUGGAUUGUGCGCCCAGCGACAGGUGCUUGGCGAUCUGUGCUCGAUGUGCCCGCGGGGCUGUGGUGGGAGCCCUGUCUGCACGGGAUGCUGUGUGGCUGAGCAUAACCCAGAAGAGGAGAGAACCGCUGUGCAUCUGAAGUGAUGGCAGAGGGCUUGAAGUUCAAAGAUGUGGUCAUUUACUUCUCUCAAAAGGAGUGGGAAUGCUUGCACUCUGCUCGGAAGGAUUUGUACCGAGAUGUAAUGUUGGAAAAUUACGGCAACCUGGUCUUACUGGGGCUUUCUGAUACUAAGCCAAAUGUGAUCUCCUUGUUGAAGCUGAAGAGCGAGCCCUGGUUGGUUAAGAGGAAUGAGACAAAAGAAUGGUGUCCAGAUUGGGAGUUUGGAAGAGAAACCAAGAAUUUAUCUCCAAAGGAAAACAUUUAUGAAAUUAGAUCACCGCAACAGGAGAGGGUCAGAGUUAUCAGAGAAAUCAGAUGCCAGGUGGACUGACAACAGGGUCUCCAGGAGGGACAUUUCAGACAAGCUGUAAUACCAUUUACUUCCAUGCAGUGCACAGCCCAUAGAGAACAUCAGUGGAUUCAUACUGGAGAGAAAUCCUGUGAAUGCAGGAAAUGUAAGAAUGCUUUCAGGUGCCAGUCAUGUCCUAUUCAACAUGAAAUAAUUCAUAAUAAGGAAAAAGACCCUGACUGUGGAGAAUGUAGGAAAAUCUUUAAUAGUGGAUCAGACUUGAUUAAGCCUCAGAGGCUUAAUGAAAGCAAAAACCAUAGUGAAAAUAACAAAUGUCCCUUUAAUCGUGAUUCUGGAAUUACUCAACCUCAGAGCAUUAAUACUGGAGAGAAACCUCAUAAAUGUAAGGAAUGUGGGAAAGCCUUUCAUUCCAGCUCACAACUUAGUCAGCAUCAGAGGAUGCAUCUUGGCGAGAAACCCUAUAAGUGUAGGGAGUGUGGGAAAGCCUUUCCAUCCACCGCACAGCUUAAUCUACACCAGAGGAUCCAUACUGAUGAGAAAUACUAUGAAUGUAAGGAGUGUGGGAAGGCCUUUAUCCGUCCCUCACACCUUUUUCGACAUUGAAGAAUCCAUACUGGUGAGAAACCCCAUAAAUGUAAGGAAUGUGGGAAGGCUUUUCGUUAUGACACACAACUGAGCCUUCAUCAGAUAAUCCAUACUGGUGAGAGACGCUAUGAAUGCAAGGAGUGUGGGAAGGUGUGCAGUUGUGCCUCACAGCUGAGUCUACAUCAAAGAAUUCAUACUGGUGAGAAACCCCAUGAAUGUAAGGAAUGUGGGAAAGCCUUUAUCUCUGAUUCACAUCUUAUUCGACAUCAGAGUGUCCAUACUGGGGAGAAACCCUAUAAGUGUAAGGAAUGUGGCAAGUCCUUCCGUCGUGGCUCAGAACUUACCCGACAUCAGAGAGCUCACACUGGUGAGAAACCCUGUGAGUGUAAGGAAUGUGGAAAGGCCUUUACUUGUAGCACAGAACUUGUUCGACAUCAAAAAGUUCACACUGGGGAGAGACCGCGUAAGUGUAAGGAAUGUGGGAAGGCUUUUCUUCGAAAGUCAGAACUCACUCAUCAUGAGAGAAGUCACACUGGUGAGAAACCCUAUGAGUGUAAGGAGUGUAGGCAGGCCUUUGGUCGUGGUUCAGAACUUAGUCGACACCAGAAAAUUCAUUCUGGUGAGAAACCGUAUGAAUGUCAGCAGUGUGGAAAGGCCUUUAUUCAGGCCUCACACCUUAGUCAACAUCAAAGAAUUCAUUCAGGAACCAGGAGUGAAUGAAGAAAUGAGGGAUGACUCAGAAUUUGAUAACAUGAGAAAAUUCAUACUGAUUUGGAAAAAAAAACCUAUAAUUCUAAGUGUGAGACACCUUAUAAAUGUUAGGAAUUAGCGGGGAUUUAUUUAUGUUUCAGAAUUUAUUACACAUCAUGAUACAACUGGGGAAAAAUUGAAGAACUCCAUGAAUGUAAAGAAAAUAGGGAGACCUUUUUGGUGGCUCAGAACCAAGUCAACCUCAGGGAAUUCAUAACGGGGAGAGGAGGGCAGUGAAUGUGCUGAGAGAAAUUAAUCAUUCAGACCUUUCUCAGCAGCAGUCAUUAGCCCUUAGGGGAAAUCAGAUGAUUCAAAAUAUAAAUGUAGGCCGUGCGCGGAUGGCUCCCGCCUGUAAUCCCAGAACUUUGGGAGGCUGAGGUGGGUGGAUCACAAGGUCAGGAGAUCGAGACCAUCCUGGCCAACGUGGUGAAGCCCCAUCUCUACUAAAAUGCAAAAAAUUAGCCGGGCAUGGUGGUGCGUGCCUGUAAUCCCAGCUACUCGGGAGGCUGAGG